UUGACGCCUCUGAGAACAGCGGUGUAUUGGGUUUCAGGGGUGUCGCAGUUACUUACAGAGCAAUUUCGUAAUUCGGGAGCAUCGCUUAGUAAGGAAGUACAGCCAUGGCGCAGGCUCUUAAAGAAAGAUUCGAAAAUUUUCUCCACGAAAAGAAUCUUUUGACAAAUGUCCUCGCCAAAAUCGAGACAAAAACUGGAAUAAGCAGGACAUACAUUGCUCUCGCUGUCAUCGGUAUCAUCGCAGUUUACUUGGUCAUUGGUUAUGGAGCCUCCCUACUGUGUAACCUCAUCGGCUUUCUUUAUCCAGCCUACAUAUCGAUUAAGGCAAUUGAAAGUACUACCAAAGAGGAUGACACUAAAUGGCUGACCUACUGGGUGGUAUAUGGAGUUUUCAGCGUGGCAGAGUUUUUUGCUGAUAUCUUCCUCUCCUGGUUCCCAUUCUACUAUAUUGGAAAGUGCACCUUCUUGGUGUGGUGCAUGGCUCCAACUCCUUCUAACGGAUCAGUCCAGAUUUAUAACCGCAUCAUUCGACCAUUUUUCCUCAAGAAUGAAGGCAAGAUUGACAACGUGGUGAAGAAUCUCAAGGACAAGGCAUCAGAAGCUGCUGACAAGUUCAAAGAUGAAGCCAAGAGAGCCACAGCAAACUUGAUGUUUGAGGAGAAGAAGAGCUCCUAAGGAGGCUUCCUGUCCACAGUGUCAUCUCUGGAGCUGAUUCUGUUACGGAAGAAAUGUUGCCUUGAAAAUGUUUGUUUUAAGAGAUCCUGUUCAGUAUGUGACCUAAAUCUUCAUCCAAGCUGUAUUAGAUGUUACACGGUCUUCACAUGUAUCAAUUAAAGCCAUUCCUCCAGGUCAGUUUACUUGCCUUCUGGAGGGCUGCCAGGUAAUUGUAUGCUGGUCCUGAUAGCUUUAUGAACCAAAUAAAGACAAACUUACUGAAGUGGUUCUCUGAU